AUGUCUUUUCGCAAGCGCAAUGUCGGCCUGUCUGGCACUGCAAAGUCUGACAGCGAUACAACGGCCGCUACGAAAGAUAGAACCUCACUACCCGGUGUAAGACCUUCCCCAAUUGAUGGUCGACCGACCACAUCCACCGGCACCGCUAGCCUUGACAGUCUGCUGGCUGGUCACUCCGGUCUAGUGCUGGGAUCCUCCUUAUUGAUUGAGGAAAGUGGCACGACCGAUUAUGCAGGUGCUCUUCUGCGCUUCUAUGCCGCAGAAGGCCUCUUACAAGGCCAUCAUGUUCAUGUGAUCGCCCUACCAGAACAAUGGGGUAGAGCCCUGCCCGGCGUGGUGGGAGAUUCUGAGAAGAAAGAAAAAACAAGCGAAUCGGCAGAGAAAAUGAAAAUUGCAUGGAGAUAUGAGAGCCUGGGACAAUUUGGAGCCAGCUCCUACACAAGAGAUACUCCAUUAUCAAGGCCAACACAACGAAAUCCGUCAGGAGAUAAUCAAGCUAUUCCAACUUUAUUUUGCCAUACAUUCGACUUGACAAAAAGACUGGUACACCCAGCUGCAGCGAAAUUGGACUUCUUACCACUGAGUGGGAACCCAAGGGAAUCACCAUUUGGUCCAAUCCUAGCACGACUCAAUGCAGCGAUAGCGAAAUCUUCGUCAUCCACUGUUCAUCGGAUUAUUAUUCCCUCGCUGCUGUCACCUGCUUUAUACCCAUCGCAUUCCAGCAAUCCCCAAUUCGUCCUUCAAUUUUUCCACAGCAUCCGCGCAAUCCUGGCCGCAUACCGACAGCAAGUGACUGCGGUCAGCUCGAUACCAUUGUCACUGUAUCCACGAUCUUCAGGUCUCGUGAGAUGGGUCGAACUUCUCCACGACGGCGUCCUCGAAUUGUCUCCCUUCCCGCACUCCGCAGAGGCUGAUAUCCAGCCAGCACGUGGUCCAGGAGGCACGAUUGAGGAACAGCCUCAAGGCCUUUUACAAGUGCACAGAGUGCCAGUUCUCCAGGAACGUGGCAGCGGCAAUGCGACCUCAGAAAACGACUGGACUUUCACUUUGAGCAGGAGGAAAUUCACCAUCAAGCCAUUCAAUCUUCCUCCUGUUGAGGGGGACACCGAAGCUCAACAGGCUUCAGGAUCCGAUUUGAAGGCGAAGAAAGCGGACGUGGAGUUUUGA